AUGGCCAUGAGAAGAGUAACGACGGUCUUGAGCCUGGCUGCUGGCUUCAUUGGCCUUGCAGAUGCGGCCGAUGUCUCUGUUCGUACUUACAAUGCGCCGGGACACACAGAUGCGGAUACGCAUCUUGCUAUUCGAAGAGGGCUCGCUGAGGCGAGACAUCAAAAGAUAGAGGAUUUGAAGGGCAAUGUAACCUUCGACAGGAGCUGGGACGGAGCCGUUCUGCUCAAGUACGGUGCAUCCGAAUCCGUUGAGACAGACAACGGGAACGCCUCAGCUGCUGUAUCCGCAGCUGUUGAAAUCACCUGCACAACAUGCUACGUCAAAGGCAUCGCAAGCGCAGGCCUCCAUAUCGCCGACGACUUUGAUGCCGGCGAAGCGCUCAACAAGACCGUCUCUUCCGUCUUCAACACAGUCGACAACUUCACGCAAGAGGUCGAGGACUACUUUGAGGACUACUUCAAAGGCGUCGCGAAGAAUCUCGACGACGGCAUCGACUGGCACGACUUUGCGUUCCCGCCGCUCAAUUACAGCUUCGACAUGGACAUUGCGCCCAUCGACGAUGUCACGCUAAAUUUCAUGUUCGACGACAUGGAGCUAUAUCUCGAGCUCAACACGGUCCUAGGCGCAGGCGCAACGUACGAACUCAACCUCUUCACUUCCAACACGCCCAUCGGCGUCGCCGUAGGCAAAAACCUCACUCUCGGUGUCGUCUUUAAAGUUGAUCUCCUUCUCUCCGUCCAGGGUGAGAUCGACAUCAGCAGCGGCCUGCACAUCAAGCUAGACGACGGAGUAGGCAUCGACAUCGCGCUUUUCAGCGACUCCGUCUCCAACAUCGUCUUCAACGGCGGCCAAUUCGAGUUCCUCCCCGUCACCAUCGAGAAAGCAGGCGUCGUCCUCUCCGCCAUCCUCCGCAUAGGAAUCCACUCUGGCAUCGCCGUCACAGCCCCAGGCGUCCCUGAUGUAACCAUCUUCAACACCACCCUCGGCACCCCCGAAGUAGCCGGCGGUAUCGAAGUAGGCGUUUACGCCAACCUCGCCGAGUUCACCACCAACGUCACGCUCGCGCCCGCAGACGCAGACUGCGAAAUCCACGUCUUGCAAAAAUACCAGAUGGCGCUUGGUGCGGUGGCAGGCGCGAGCAUCGUCUUCGACACAGAUACCUGGGGCCCCGUCGCAGCGACUAGCAUCCCCAUCUGGACGACUGCCCUCGCGGAAGUCUGCGCCCACAAGCCCACUUCGCCUCCCAGCGUGACCGCCUCGCCUACACCCACCACAAAGCCUGACAAGCGUGCCGACGAGGCUUCUGAGACUGUAACCAAGAAGACGCAAAUCACGCACACGGGCGUCCAGUGCCAGACGUCCGUCAUAGGAAACUGUCCCAAUAGCCUACAGCUCACAACGCAGACCGUCGAAACGCGCACGCUUACUACCGUCGUUCCCUCCGGCGCGGACGUAACGUGGCCAGUUACCCCAGGCGUGACUGAUAAAGUUGUAAAAACGCAAGACUUCGGUGACAACGCUUUGAGCUUCUCGAGCACGAGCGGGAGUCCCGUUAGUUACACUGCGCCGCCUACACCUACUGCAUCGAAAGACGACGGCGAUAAGGAUGUAGGCGCUAAGGCGAGCGAGAUUGUGAACGGCAAAACGGGCGGGGUGUCUAAUAAGGUUAUUAUUGGGGUGUCUGUUGGUGUGGGCCUGUUCGUCAUCUUUGCUAUCGUCGCGGCGGUUGUACUCAUGCGUCGCAAGAAAGCCUACAAUGCUGUUCCCGCGCCGAGCUUCGCGCCUAGCAACUUUGUCGCGGAGCCGUACCAGCGGGUUGGGAGUCGUGGAGGGGGCAGUGGAGAUGGGUUUGAGCCGUAUCGGUGGGAGAAUAAAAAUAAGGGGAAGGUUAGUGUUGACAUUACGGAGAUUCGGCGAUGA